AUCCCUCACAACCCUUGGGCUGGUUAUUUCUGCUCUGGCAGAUCAGGCUGCUGGCAAGAACAAGAACAAAUUUGUUCCUUAUCGUGAUUCUGUGCUCACAUGGUUACUUAAAGAUAGCCUUGGUGGUAACAGCAAGACUGCCAUGGUAGCAACAGUAAGCCCAGCAGCAGACAACUAUGAUGAGACCCUUUCAACACUGAGGUACGCAGACCGGGCCAAGAACAUCGUUAAUCACGCUGUGGUGAAUGAAGACCCCAAUGCUCGCAUUAUUCGGGAGCUCCGUGAGGAAGUGGAGAAGCUGCGGGAACAGCUCACAAAAGCAGAGGCUAUGAAAUCACCAGAAUUAAAAGAACGAUUGGAGGAAUCCGAAAAGUUGAUUCAGGAAAUGACUGUAACCUGGGAAGAAAAAUUAAGAAAAACUGAGGAAAUAGCACAGGAGCGUCAGAAACAGUUGGAAAGUCUUGGCAUAUCUCUUCAGUCUUCUGGAAUAAAAGUUGGGGAUAAUAAAUGCUUCCUGGUUAAUCUGAAUGCAGAUCCAGCUCUCAAUGAACUUCUGGUAUACUAUUUAAAG